CGGCGGCCGCGCCCAGGAGCGGGGAGGGUCCCCGGGCGCCGCGUCGCCGCCCCCGCUGCCUCGGGGCCCGUCCGCCGUCCGGCCGAGGAAGGGGGCGGCGCUGGCGGCGGCCGCGAUGCACCCGAAGCUGCUGAAGAACGCGCACUACAUCGAGCUGGGCAGCUACCAGUACUGGCCCGUGCUGGUGCCGCGCGGCAUCCGCCUCUACACCUACGAGCAGAUCCCCGUGUCGCUCAAGGACAACCCCUACAUCACGGACGGCUACCGGGCCUACCUGCCCUCGCGCCUCUGCCUCAAGAGUUUGUUUAUCUUAUCCAAUGAGACAGUAAACAUCUGGAGUCAUUUGCUGGGCUUCUUCCUCUUCUUCACACUGGGUAUAUAUGACAUGACUUCUGUAUUACCUUCAGCAAGAGCUUCUAGAGAAGAUUUUGUCAUUUGUUCUAUUUGUCUUUUCUGCUUUCAGGUCUGCAUGCUUUGUUCUGUAGGCUAUCACCUUUUCUCUUGUCAUCGUUCAGAAAAAACCUGUCGGCGAUGGAUGGCAUUAGAUUAUGCCGGAAUUUCUGUUGGCAUACUGGGUUGCUAUGUGUCAGGAGUAUUUUAUGCAUUUUAUUGUAAUAAUUACUGGCGUCAGGUCUAUCUGAUUAUGGUGCUUGCUAUGAUCCUCACCGUCUUCUUUGCUCAGAUUCAUCCCAAUUACCUCACUCAACAGUGGCACAGACUUCGUUCCAUUAUCUUUUGUUCAGUGUCUGGGUAUGGAGUGAUUCCCACCAUUCACUGGGUCUGGCUCAAUGGUGGUGUUGGUGCGCCUAUUGUACAGGAGUUUGCGCCUCGUGUGAUUGUGAUGUAUGUGAUCGCUCUUGUUGCUUUCCUCUUCUAUAUCUCCAAAGUCCCAGAAAGAUACUUUCCAGGACAGCUAAACUACCUCGGGUCGAGCCACCAAAUAUGGCACAUCCUUGCAGUGAUCAUGUUGUAUUGGUGGCAUCAGUCCACAGUGACUGUCAUGCGGUACAGACACAGCAAGCCUUGUCCUGACUAUAUUCCACAUUUGUGAAUGCAGGUAUGGCAACCUGGUAUAGUCAAAUGUCGAGCAAUAUUAGAUGGUGGAAACUGUCUAUUCUUAAUACUUCGAAUGUGCUGUUUUUCUUUUGUUAUCUUAAGGUGUGUAUCAUGAUUAAUAUUUUGUGAAAGUUUUAAAAAAUACACUCAGGGGGAUUUAUAGUUGCCCAGUAAGUAACUUAAUGGGCCUCACAACUUAUUUAAUUUUGCUGUAUGUAUUCAGCUUCUCACGUAUGCCAACUUAACAACAACAAAGAGUGUUAAACCAAUCUAUAUCGUUGAAAAUGAAGUUAUUUUAUUUACCAGCUUUAUUUCUCUAGGAAGCAUUCAACAUUACUGGAAGAUGGCAUCUGUGACUACAGAAUUAUUCUUGUAUUCACCCCUAUUGUUUAUAAACGAAGAUAAAAAAAAAGUCAAGUUUAAGUGCCUGAUCAAGCCAAUAAUAGCCUGAGUACUAGAGUAGUGGAUCUGAAUAAUCAUUUGGAUUUGACUUAAGUUUACAACAAGGUCUCUUUUUUUUUCCUUUACUUUGAAAAUACUAAUUAUCAAAUGGUUGUGUUGUAUAGGUUUUCAGAAGAACAUUGCCCCUUUCAGGUUUUAGGGUUUGUCAUAAUAAACUUUUUUGUUACCUCCCAUGAAUUUUAGCUCUGAAACUUGAUUUUAAACAAGCUUGGAAUAUAUACAGAUGUAGAUUAACUAUAUGGUCAUUCUCAUUGGAAACUAAGAUGAUUUAGCAAUGAGACCAUAUUCUUAUUAUUAGAUCAGCCACAAUAGCUAAUUUCAUCUGUCUUUCCAAGCUUUGAACAUUAAUGCAAAGAAAGGGCCCCAGAAUUCCCCAGAGCUGGAGUCAUGCUAAGCAUUCACACAUGUAACCAUUUUCCUAGAAACUGAGGAUCAAAAUUCCUGAUAAAAGAUCCCAGCUUCAUAGGAGUAUUGCCAAGGCUUCAUUUUGAAAUCAGCCGUUAGCUUUGGAGUAAAAGCACUGAUUCUCAAAGUUCUUGGUCUUAGGACCCCUUUUACACUCUUAAAAAUUGAGGAUUCCAAAACGUCUUUGUGGAUUGUAUCUAUUGAUGCUUUUUUUUAGAAAUAAAACAUCUUGGUAUUAUUACGACAAUAGGUUUUAUUUCUUGGCUGUCUUAAAGGGUUCCAGGGAACUCCAACCACACUUUGAGAACCACUGGAGUACAGUAAUACAAGUACCCAAUUGGAUUAGUUAUGGUUCUUCAUACUCUUGUCCCCUAAUGUUAGCAUUGUGAUUAUACUACAGUAUUGUCAUAGAAAUAACCAAUAUUUGGAGUCUCAAAAUUGGAAUUAUUUCCAUUUAUGUACUUAGACAUGCAAUCUCAGUGUUCUGUCAAAGAAAUGUUUUGGAUUCUCUUGUUCUAAUAUACAUAAGAUAAACACUGAAGAACAAGAGGGCUAUGGUGUUAAAAUGUAAUGCUUCAAAAGUUAAAUUGAAAACUUGAACAGGCUUUUAAAAAAUAAACUAUACUUCAUGAGUUAAUAGUGUAUUUGAAGAAAAUUAGAAUUGCUCGACUUUCCUAAGGAAUGUUGAAUAACACAUUCAAAUUAUACAUCUGGUAUGACCUUUAGAAUGCUAAUUUUGCCUUCAUUUAUCCAUCUAGAAAAUGGAAAUGUUAACUUUUCUCCCCCAGCUUUUGAGAUACUCAAGUGCAGUAUAUAGGUAAAGUUUCCUUUUUUUUUUUUUUGUUAAAGAAACAGCGUUUCACAUUUUCCGGUGGCACUCCCACUUUGAAAAUGGCUAUACAGUAGUUAACCCCAUCAUGCCUUUAGAAAGCUCCUCAAAACAUUGGCUGUAUAUCCUCUCAAGCAUUUCUUAUUUUAACAUUUUUGCCUUCAAACAAUCAAUCAUUUUGCCUUCUUGGGCAAAGGAAAAAGGAUCUGUGCUAUGCCACAGUAGUUACAGGUAACUUAAAGAGUUCAUCUGGGUCUUCAACCUGAUUAUUGUCAAGUCUCUUCAGCAUAAACAAAUAAAUUUGUUCUUUGCAACAUUAUUUGAUACUUAUACAAUGGCAUGAGCAAGGUUUUUUAAAUGGACUAUACUAGUCUCGGGGAGAAUUGUAUAAGAAACAUCUCAACACUUAAAGCCUUUAUUCUUGUAAAUUUUGUACUACUUGUAAAUCUUAAUGUGGUAUAUUUAUUUGUUGAGGUGUUAAUGAAUGUAGGUUGCAAACAACUCUAAACACUUCAGUUUGUCAAUACUGACUGACCACUACUUGUGUGUGAACUCCACACUGGUAUUUUUAGAAGUCUUAUUAGUUAACAUUAAAUGACUACUUACAACUUGCCUCCCAAAUUUGAGCCUUUAUAAAUGUACAUCUGUUCAUUUUAUUUUCCAAACUUGUCAGUAAAGCAAGUUUAAAAGCGCACUAAUAUUCUAAUUACUAAUAAAACUUGAGUUCUGCCAGGAUCAGAAGCUGCUUUAAACUGUAGACUAAAAAAUUUUUUUUAAGUUUGGAGCCAUUUUGAAUUUUGUAUAGUAAUUUAUGGGUUAGUAGUCAACUAGCUUUAAUAACACAAGUAUCUUUGUAUAAAGUCAAGCCAUUAGCAACAAGUAGCAAAGAUAUUGUCGCUUUGUGUUUAUACUGAGUGCAAUUUACAGUGGGCUGCAUGGAAAAAAUAUGUAUUCUGUAAAUAAAUGGGAUUUAUUAAAACAUA